AUGUGUACAACAAACAGGAAAGGAGCGAUUUUCAAGAUCGGCGGUACUAAUGUGUGUCGGGGAUUGGCAGUAAUGAACGGCUAUCGAAGCGAACAGGAAGAACAAAGCUCUACUGUCGGGCAGAUUUGCUGCCUUGUCGAAGACAACGACCGCUGUAAGCGACCAGCCAGCAACGCAAGCUACUCCAAGCGAAUUCAGAAGACAGUUUCUCAGAGAAAACUGAAGUUGGCUUUGGACGUAAACGCAAGACACAUCUAUAUUUGCGAGCAUCACAAAAAUAUGAUUCAGAGCGUUCGCAGCAAGAGAAAACGUAAAGAUUCCGACGAUGAAGCGGACACAGCUGAGGUCGAUUUCUGUCAAUUGCAGGUGAACACUCUAAGAAGAUAUAAACGACAUUACAAGUUACAAACCCGACCAGGAUUGAACAAAUCACAGCUUGUUGAGACCAUCCAGAGACACUUCAAACAGAUUCCAUGCCCUGAAAAGGAGACAGUUACUUACUUUAUCUACAUGAUCAAAACCCACAAGAGCAAGUUAGACCAAAAACCAGACAGUAACUGAAGACAGAUGAUCUCCCAUGUGCUGUAAUCUCUGUAUAGAAUUUCAUUUGAACUUGGAGUGGGAAAGAUGAUGUAAACAAAUAUGUUAAUGUGUAAAUACAUUAGAGUGGUCCUGGUGUUGUAGAUAUGUAUAGGUAAACGUUGAGGAGAUCAAUGCAGAAUGAUAUUAUGCUGAAUCAUAAUUCUAGCAUUCUCUUCAGGGGUUUCAUGAAGUUUUGAGCUGAAUGUCAAAAAUUGCAAAGUAGGAAGCUAAUUAAGGUUUAAUUGUUACCCUAGUGUUGUUAAUUUCAGAAAAAAUUGGUGACAAAUUUGCUUGACAUAGGGAAUUUCACCUUUUUUCCAGAUUUUUUUUUAUCUCAUGUAUAGUUAGGUUUUCCAUCAGUGUGUUACCAAACUUACAAUGUUAAUCAGUGCUCCAAGCCGUGACCAAUUUGAUCUCUCUACUUCAAAGAGAAAAAUACUUAGGCAUGUAAAUCUGCUGCUUAAGUCUCAAAUUUGAAUUCCUGAAUUACUGUGUGAUUCUAGUGUAAUGUGAAAGUAAGAUAGACAUUAAAUACCGUAGUGUGAAUACUCUGUCAUUUUUUUUAAGGUGGCACAUAAACCUCUGACACAGCUAAGGUGUGUUUUAAACAAAAAACCUGUUUUUUGUGUAUUGCAUCAUCCGACAUGCACAUAUUUUAUUUCUUUUUCUCCCAUGGGGGGGACCUAAAUAUUGUUCUGCCAGCUAUUUUGACUCAAGAUUGCUAAGAAGAAACAGAAUAGCACUUAGCUUGGGGCUCUGUUAACAGCUGUUGAUUACAUAAUUUAUUUUCAAUAUUAACUCAAAUUUAAUAAAUUACGUGAAUAAGAUUUCCCUGUAUUCAGAAUGUGUCCUACAUCAGUAGCUCUCAUAAAUUUGUGUGAAAAUAAAUUAUUUUAAGUUACAUAUCACAACCAGUCACCUUAGUACAAGGCUCUAAUGACACAAGACUCGCCAGUCUGUCAGUUUAAGACUUUGAUGCUGUUACAGUUACAAGCUAGUGUUAAAGUAGCAGUACACUCCAAGAUUUGGAGUUUAUCAUGGCAAAGUUCUAGAUAGGAGUUGAAUGUUUCAUUCCUUUAUCACAGUCCCAUGGAUAUUAACCAUUAUCAAAGUAACAUUCAAAAUGUCUUUGUAAUAAGUUUCUUUUUGAAUAAAAAUUAUAGUAGU